CUAGAGCACAGACACCAACACAACCUUUGUGAGGAGCAAUGCUGCAAUGUUUGUUUUUUUUUUUGUUUUUUUUUUAGAGCUAGUUAAAUAGUAAAAUAUGAGGAAAAACAUCUGGGGGGAAAACCAAGAUCGGAACGCCUCAUAUAAGCCUCAGUGGCCGCUCUUCUUCUGGACUUGAGUGCAUCAAAAAAUGGCGAGUGGGCUGGUUCAUUCCAGCAGGUGGCUGCUCGGAGAACCUCUCAACCCAGGUACAGACAGUCCUGCACUCUGAUCAGCAUUUAACUUUACAGAAAGCCUCUGGAAGAUGCAUCACAGACAGUAUACAUCUGUGAGCCACACUGAUGAAAUCCCCAUGAAGACCGAAAAUGGACCCCGACCCAACAAAUACCGCUACGUACGUAAAGAAGGCAGCUCUAACAUCAUGUUCCGCCAUGUUCCUGAGGAGAGGCUGCUGUUUGUGACCGACAUCUUUACCACCUUGGUGGAGAUCAGAUGGAGGGUGAUGUUUCUGAUCUUUGCUCUCUCUUACAUUCUGUCCUGGCUCUUUUUUGGAAUCCUCUUCUGGGUCAUCGCUCUCGCUAACGGAGACAUCAAGGAUCCCAACACUGAACCCUGCGUGUUUGAAGUCCGCAGCUUCACAGCCGCUUUCCUCUUCUCGCUCGAAACUCAGACCACCAUUGGUUACGGAUUCAGAGGAAUGUCUGAGAACUGCAUGCAUGCCAUCAUCAUCGUCACCAUACAAGACGUCAUGAGCUGCUUCAUUGAUACGUUCGUCAUUGGAAUUGCUGUUGCCAAAAUGGCCUCGGCCAGAAAGAGGGCGCAGACGGUGGGCUUCAGCAACCGUGCUGUCAUCAACCUUCGUAAUGGUUACAUUUAUCUUUCCUGGAGAGUUGGGGACUUCCGCAGGUACCACUUGGUGGAGGGGACAGCUACCGCCCAGAUAGUCCGCAGUACGAUGCACGCCACUGGGAGAGUUGAUGUGACUUAUGAAGACUUGGUCAUCCAGCAGAAGGACAUCAUCCUCGCCACACCAACCACCAUCUAUCACAAGAUUGAACCUGGCAGCCCGCUGUACUCCAUGACUUAUGCCGAUCUGCAGAGAGCAGACUUUGAACUGGUUGUGUCAUUUACCUACACAGAUGACUCCACAGGUAUUCUGCAUCAGACGCGAACCUCUUACACUCCAAACGAGAUCCUCUGGGGUCAGCUGUUCCAGGAGAUGAUCAGAGUCGGCAGGAAGAGCUACAGGGUGGAUUACAACUUGUUCCAUCGCACUGAAAAGAUACACGUCCCCCUGGUUAGCGCUAAGGAGUUCGAAGAGAAGAAGCAACUGCAGCUCACACGACACUCACCUCGACAUUCACCCAGCUCUUCGCUCCCUUCACAAUCGCCAUCUCAGGAUCACCGUGAUAAAUAUUUGAAACCCCCGAUGGUAAAGGUGGAACUUGUGAGUGACAGCCAACCUAUACCAAGUGUUGCACCAUCUCAAUCAGACAAUAGUCGGGAGCAAGAAACUCUGACUCAGCCAAAUAAUCAGUCAAGUGAAGAAAAUUGAAAGCAAAGCUGUGAAAUUCUAUUUCAUCAAAGAAUCCUGCAAUGGUGUUCAUGAUGGGACAAAGUUUGAGCUUGUGCAGCUUGAGAAAUUGAUAAAUAGUUUCAAAUAUAGACAGGCUUUUGGAAAUAUCACUUGACUUUACAAAAGUAGGUGACGAUAGCAGGUAUGGUGAUCCAGAUUCUGAAGUUCUAACCUCACAGAAGCUUGAUAAACCCUUUGCUUUAUGUACAAGCAGCUGGACGGUCCUUGUGGCAGAUAACACAGUUAAAAUACCCAGUGCUGUCAGCAGACAGAGGUCAUGGUUCUAACUUUUGUUGAAGCCUCCCAAUAUAAGACCUCACAUCUUCCCCAUUGAGCGUGGCUUGGUACAUCUUAAUUUUAUUUGUUUUAAUAUUUUGCAGGAAGAUGGUAAACGGCCUGUAUUUGUAUAGCGCUUUACUAGUCCCUAAGGACCUCAAAGCGCUUUAUACAUCCAGUCAUCCACCCAUUCACACACUGGUGAUGGUAAGCUACAUUGUAGCCACAGCCACCCUGGGGUGCACUGACAGAGGCGCCACCGGGCCCUCUGACCACCACCAGUAGGCAACGGGUGAAGUGUCUUGUCCAAGGACACAACGACCGAGACUGUCCAAGCCGGGGCUCAAACCGGCAACCUUCCGAUUACAAGGCGAACUCCCAACUCUUGAGCCACGAUCGCCCCAUGUGACCAAAAUUGUAUAAGCAGCAAAGAAAUUUCAUGAAUGAAAUGUACAUCUUCCACUUUUGAACUAAUGACUUUUACCGUUUCUGUGUCUAAACACGGGCACAACAAUGCAGUGUAAACACAAACCAUUGUUUGGCUUAUUGUCAAAAUAAUACUGAUAGUACAGCACCUGAGCAACAUUUUUUACCGCUUAUUAGGUGGAGUUCUUAAAACUAGAGUUCACAGGAUCAGAACAUUUAUCUGAAAAACACUGGAGAUGAGUUCAUCCACGCUCGACUACACUGGGGUACAACCAGGCUGCAAUAACCACAAGCACGUAACUGUGAUUACUGAUUACCAUGCUGACUGGAUUGGGUUAAGUGGGUGUCACUCUGUGUUAAAAACACAAAGUUGUAAAACUUGCACUGAGAAAUUUUUAUGAAGCAAAAAUGAUCAUAUGUAUGUGUCCUUAAGGUUAAAAAAUGAGUAAUUAUGAGCCAGGCUGAGAUAAUCAAGAACAGCCUCUAAAGGGGAAGGCUAUAUGACUUUGACUCAAGAGGUCAAAUAUUUAAUGUAAAGUUUAAAGUCUUGGCGUUGCUGAUGGCAAAUAAAUUGAAGUCAUGCAGGUGACUACAGUAACAUCCCAUAUUAUGAUGUAAGUCAAAGUUUAUAUAACACACAGGGAAAAUGUUCUGUUCUUCUAUGUUUGUGGUGGAGGAAUCUUUGUUUAGUAAUUUUAAAUAAAACCUGCUCGUCAAGCCA